AUGCUGCUGAAAAUAUUACUUAUAAUAAAUCUAAUUCCUGAAAAUCAUGGAAAACUUAACGAAACAGAACACUUAAAGAGCUUUCCGCCACUUAUUCCAACUAUUUUAUCAAAGUAUUUACAUUUGGCAAAAUUUACAAAAAUUAUAAAUUUAAAAUAUAAAACUUCAAAUACUACUACAAAUUUUGAAGACGCAUUAGAUAUAAUGUGUACACGCUCCAUGAGAAUUUGUCAGAAUAUUAUAAUGGAGAAAAAAAUUAUUCGGGAAAAAAUGUGCUGGAUUCCAAUUAACACGACAGAGAAGGUGAUAAUAGAACAGUACAAAAAAUGGCCCAAAGAAAAAUUAGAUGACUUUGAUCUAACAGAACUCCGUAAUUACGAAAGAGAUACCGCAAAAAUAAUAAUUGGAAAAGAGCCAUGUUUAUUUUAUGAUUAUUUGAAUCCAAAAAAUAAAGAAGAAACUGUGGAGUCUGCCAGGUUCUUACAUGUAUUAUUUUUUACUUCAAGAUACAUUAAAUUUGAUGAGGUAGUUGAUUUGUUAGCUCACAUGUGGAAAAAAUUUCAAAUUCUAAAUUUAAUUGCACUAAUUCCUCAUGUGUCAAAUUAUAAUAAUUAUAUUUUAAAUUAUAAGCCUUUCGUGAAAAAUUCUAGAAACUCUUAUGGUCAAGUGCAUAUUUAUUCUUUAAAUGUUAUUGAACAAAAUCCUUAUUUGAUAAUAAAUAGUGUUACAAAUUUAAAUGGAUAUCCAUUAAAAGUUUCAAUAUUCGAAAGAUAUCCAACUGCAAUUAAAGAAUUACCAAAAAUCUUGCAAACAUAUCCGGUUUAUAAGAAAAUACCUAAAACGUCAACUUUUUAUGGUAUAGAUGGUGUAGUUUUAUCAGAAAUAGCCUAUUUAUGCAAUUUUUCUAUAGAUAUAGCCUCAGGUGUAGAAAACAAAUAUUAUGGCUUAGUGGGAAGAAAUGGGAGCAUUAUUGGAUCUCUAGGACAAAUCAUAAAAAGGCGAAUUGAUUUUCAAGCAAAUUCUAGAUUUUUAAUAGACUAUGGCCUAUCAAGUUUCGAAUACACUUAUCAUUUAUAUUUUGAAUAUUUAGGUGUGUUGGUACUAAAAUCUGGUAGAGUGCCUAAAUGGUUAGAAAUUUUUUAUGUGUUCUUAAGAGAAUCAAAUUUGAUGAUUCUAAGCAGUUGGAUUAUUUGCUGCAUUUUUAACGCAAUCAUUCAAAAAUGCUAUGGAGUAUCAUUUCAAGACGCUAUUUUAGAAAUGUAUUGCAUUGCUCUAGGACAUUCACAAGAAAGUAUCAUAAUCUCAAACAACACUUCAAGAAGCAGAAGAAUUUUUAUUGGUAGCUGUUUAAUUUUUUCUAUAAUUUCUUCGCCCCUAUUGACAGCAGAAUUAACAAAUGUCCUUACAAAUGACAUUUGGCUACCAGAUAUUAAUACUUUAGAGGAAUUUGAUGGAACUGGCUUGACAAUACACUCGUCUGUAAACCCAUUCAUCAACGAUCCUCGUCAUUUAUAUCAAAAAUUAUCCAGCAAAAUCAAUUCCACUUGGAUGGAGAUUCGUGCACUAGAUCUUAUGGUGCAAACUAAAAAAUCUGCUGCCCUAGAAAGAGUUACUGACGCUAAAUUGAAGAUUUAUACUCAAUACACCGACGAGAAUGGUACUCCGCUUUUGCACAUCAUCCCCGAAUAUCCCCGGAAAUAUUUUAUGGCUUACAUAGUACCAAGUGGUUCACCAUAUUUGAUUAAUAUCAAUUGUAUUUUGAAACAUUUCAACGAAGCUGGCCUCGAUUUGAAAUGGUCCGGAGAUUUUACUAGAGGCAUUGUAGCCGAGGCAAGCAGGAAAAAAAUCAACUCUUCUAAACAAGCUGGAUAUGAAGCUUUGAAUGUGGAAGAUAUGAGAAGUGCUUGCUACAUAUUGUUUCCUGGAUAUUUGAUAUCGAUUUUGGUGUUUGUUUUCGAAGUGAUUUGUGAAAGAAUGCAGGUCGAUACUUGA